UCCGGCCGCCCGGCGCGGGAGCGAAGCGGAGCGGGACGCCGAGUCCCGAGCGGCCGGCAGCCGGGGCUCCCCGCCCCUCCCUCCCUCUCCGGCGGCGGCGGCGGCGGCGGCGGGCGGAGUGAGCUGCGGAGCCUGGAAUAUGGUCGGGGAAAUGGAAACGAAGGAGAAGCCGAAGCCCACCCCAGAUUACCUGAUGCAGCUGAUGAACGACAAGAAGCUCAUGAGCAGCCUGCCCAACUUCUGCGGGAUCUUCAACCACCUAGAGCGGCUGCUGGACGAAGAAAUCAGCAGAGUGCGGAAAGACAUGUACAACGACACGCUGAACGGCAGCACGGAGAAGAGGAGCGCGGAGCUGCCCGACGCCGCGGGGCCCGUCGUCCAGCUGCAGGAGAAGCUCUACGUGCCUGUGAAGGAGUACCCGGACUUUAAUUUUGUUGGGAGAAUCCUUGGACCUAGAGGACUUACAGCUAAACAGCUUGAAGCAGAAACGGGAUGUAAAAUAAUGGUCCGAGGCAAAGGCUCGAUGAGGGAUAAAAAGAAGGAGGAACAGAACAGAGGCAAGCCCAACUGGGAGCACCUCAAUGAAGACCUGCACGUGCUGAUCACCGUGGAGGACGCCCAGAACAGGGCGGAGAUCAAGCUGAAGCGGGCCGUGGAAGAGGUGAAGAAGCUGCUGGUGCCCGCAGCAGAGGGAGAAGACAGCCUGAAGAAGAUGCAGCUGAUGGAGCUGGCGAUUCUGAACGGCACCUACAGAGAUGCCAACAUCAAAUCACCCCUUGCCUUUUCUCUUGCAGCCACAGCCCAGGCUGCUCCGAGGAUUAUUACCGGGCCUGCGCCUGUCCUCCCCCCAGCUGCCCUGCGCACCCCGACGCCGGCCGGCCCCACCAUAAUGCCUUUGAUCAGACAGAUACAGACCGCCGUCAUGCCGAACGGGACUCCUCACCCCACUGCUGCGAUAGUUCCUCCCGGGCCCGAAGCUGGCUUGAUCUACACCCCCUAUGAGUACCCCUACACGUUGGCACCAGCUACGUCGAUUCUUGAGUAUCCCAUUGAACCUAGUGGCGUGUUAGAGUGGAUUGAAAUGCCAGUCAUGCCUGAUAUUUCAGCCCAUUGACUGCCGGAGGAAGGACUAGAGUGCAGCAGCUGCUGUAACACGACCAGGCGGUGCGGGGCAGGCCGCUGCCGCGCUGCCCUUGUUUUGCCAGACAGAAUUUGAAUACUUUUUUCCUUGAUUUGGAUAUGACCUUGGUGCUGCAUGCAUGCUGUUCACUUUUAGGACUUUGAUCUUCUAAGGGUUUUUUUUCCAGCAUUAACAUGGAUUUAUCAAAAUUCGAAAGCCUUUAGCGAACCUGGACAAAGAUUUAAACUUGAAAAUUCAUUGUUCAGUUAAAGAAAACCACAACGCUCUGUAUGUUAUCUGUGUGUGUGCAUGCACUCAGGUGCCUCUUGUUUCAUGAGCAAAUACAUCUUAUUGUACAUGUUGUCGGUUACCUCUAAAUCACUGUGUAAAGUAUUCCAGGUCAGAAUCACACCAUAGAGCUGUUUAUGAGAUCCUUACUUCUGUUGCACAUUUCUUGAAGCAUUUUUAAAAUAACCUGUAACAUAUAACCUGUUUACGUUUCUUCUUAACUGUUAACGCUCUGUCCUGUGGCCCCCGCCUGCUCCUUUCCCCAGAACUCCUCCCUGCUGCACGCACAGCGUCUGCUGGGGGAGGGGGGCUGCCGCUCCCUGCAGGGCGGGCUCUAGGCCCGGCCGCUGCUCCAGCCCUCUCCAAGCCAGAGCUCACUGGCCUUGCCUCUUGGAGUAAACUCGUCCGAGAUUAGUUUACCUGAAAUGGAAAAGGGGUGACGGACCACUUUACUGCUUAGAGUCAGCAAGGGGCACUGCAGAAUCUGCUUGUCAUUUCAAAGCAGUGUGUUUUUGGUUGUGUUGGGAAAUUUGUAAUUAUUAGACUGACAAUUGAAACCAAAAUACACACAUAUCUAAUUGGCAGUCAUAAGAUGAAUAAUAGCGAGUACUAAAUGAUUAAAGUCCAUUAUAAUCUAUUAUUUCUUGCUUUGCUACCUAAGCAGUAAAAGGUGAUAUUGAUUGAGACCACUUGGAGAACUGACAAAAUCAUUUCAAAUUGCUAAGUUAUAGUAAAUUUGCACACAGAUAACAUGCAUGCUGUAUAUCAAGUCUCACAUCAUAUUAUUUUAAAAUAAGCAGUGCCCUUCAAAACAGAUGCAGACAUGUGUGUUGGUGGUAGUGAGGAGAUUGGUAAUAGCAUCAAAUCUUCAUUGGUGACUAAUUUUUAAUUCCCUUCCUUUUAUCUUUAGGUAUGGCUUUCCCAACGAAAGGCUAAGAAUUCAAGAACGGUCUUAACUGAACCCUCAUCAGAUCUGAAUUUAACAAAUGCUUAGUCUCAGCAGCCUCUGGGGGGGAGGGAAGCUUAGCCUAGCAGUCAGUGACUUACUUGCACUUUUUGCACACUGAUAGGAAGUAAAAGUAUGUUAUUAAUUUGGUUUAGUCUAUAACCUUACAAAGUAACGGUAAUUUAUAAAGGAGUGUGUAGUAGUAUACUGACUGCUAAGUGUACUAUACUGUUUGCUUUACUAAUCACCUAAUUCAUUGCGGUUCAUACUUAUUGACUCAAAGUUUAAAACCACAAUCUGUAGGCUUUACGAACUGCUCAUAAACCUUUUUACACGAUAAACUCUGGAAGCGGUCUGAAGGUUAGCCAGUCAUUGUCAGCAUUGAGCAUGGCGUGCUUUUAAGUGGUCCUGUUGCGAGAAAAGCACUUCAGUGAAUAUGUGACUAGUAAAGCGUAAAUGUUUGUUUGGGUCUCAUAGAGUUCAUGAAAUACUGUGUCUUGGGAUUAUAAGUUAAUGGAUAAAAUAGGUUAAGGCCAAGAUGUUUGAAAUAAAUGCAAUAUUAAUAGACGCAUAUAUACGCAGCAUAUUAUGGUUAAUUUUAAAACUACUGUGCCUUAACGUGUUUCUUAAAAUGAAGUUUUUGUAGUAAAUGAACAUUUGAAAUCCAUUUUGAUAAACCUGUUAAUGUUUGUUUUUUCCCCCUUGUGAAUGUUUUCUAACUUUGUCUUGGUAAUUGCAAUUUAACUAGGUGCGGUGGCUACUAAAGUUCGAAGGCACGAUAUGCGUGUCCAUCCUUACCAAAGGAUUGUGACCGCAGACCGAGGUUAGUUUAGUUCUGCAGUUCUUGUUUCUGAGAAAUGCGCCGGGUGUCUGUACAGUUUGCAACACCACACCUGAUGGAAAAACACAUAACUGUUUACCUGCACAACGUUUCUUUUCCUUUUCUAAAUUAAUUUAUAAUAAUUGACAGAUUUAAGGGGUGGGUUUCUCGGGAUGCAUUUUUGUGUUUUUUUUCCCUCCCUUCAUAUUUUAACUUAUUAAAUUCUAUUAGUAUGUACUAUGAUUUCUUCCUACUAAAACACAUAUUAGUCCAUUUGGGGAGCUAUGAAUUUUUGUUUUCUCCUUAAUUCUCAAUAAUAAUUUUUGCUAAAAGUUUUCUUUUAAUUGUUCUGAAAUUUUGGGUUGGUUUUGCAAAAUGAACUGAGCGGAUGGUGCUUUAAUGAGAGAAGUAAAGGAAUAUAUGCCUCCUGUGUUCUUUGGAGAAAAUUGAAGAUUUAUUUUCCCAUUUUCCUUUUUAACAUGGCAUUUGAGCCACUGUACAAACACGAGGUUACACAUGUCGAGUACUUAGCUGAGACCAGCCAAGUAAAGACUGUGAAGAGAACUUGGGUGCAGGUGGAUCUUGUUUAUAAGUCAGAAAAGCAAUCCCCUUUUAUUAUGUUUUCUUCCAAAAUGGAUCCUUUGAUUUUUGUCAUUUGCUGCUAAAAUGUAUUUUCUGAAGGUAAACUGUCUUUGGAAGUUCUGUGGUGACACACCCAGCUGUCGGGGCGUCUUUUCUGACUGACCUGUGACUGGAAAUAAGUCUUCACUUUUCUCCUUCUCAGCAUUUGUAAUCCGUGUCCUAUAUAUUCCCUUGGACCCUUUAAGAAGUAUUUAUGUUUAUUGAGGAGUGAUAUUUUCGGUUUAUUGACAUUGAAUUCUUUUUCUGAGUUUGAGAUCAUAAGAUAGGAAUCCAAAGCAAGGCAGAAGAGAAUUUUUUAUAAGCUUUUUUUUUUAUGGCACAUUUAUUACCUACCGAUUUAGUUAAUCUAACUAAUACCAGUUUGGAAAAGUGAUGGAUUGAAACCUCAAUUCUACAUCUUCUAUGAACUUGUGAAAGAUCUAUCUAUACUUUGCAUAGUUAUCUUGAACACUGAUGAUAAAUAUUGGACACAGCUGUUGUCCAUGUCAGAAUAAAAUACCUUUCCAAAGAUAUCGAUGAUAUUUAUUUAGCAUAAUAUAUAAUUAAACAGCCUUGAAGAUUUUUAACUAAUAUGUUACUUAUAGCGAUUUAAUGAGCAAAAUGAAGGGACCCCCAGCUCGGUGGCCAUCUGUGAGGACGGUGCUCCCUGUGAGUGUCACGUACACGCGUGCGCAGCACUCCCCUCACACCAGGGCACGUCUCCUCGCUGGGAGGGCGUUUUUCCACAGGGGAGGAAAUCAUGUAGAUUUGAAGAACCCAAGGAAUUCCAUGAAUGAUUUAAACUUUUCCCCGUAGUUACUGUCUGAAAUAGGAGGAUUUGGAAGUAGAUUUUCUUUUGUUAACCUUUCCUUGUACACCCCUUUUAGAGUUUUCAUAAUUUUGUUUUAACACAAUGAUUAUUGGCCUACUCAGUACUCCAGUGCCUUGAGAUAGUUGAAAAUACUAGGAAGAUUUUAUUGUAUUUCAAAAUAAGAACACAUUCCAUGCAUGGCUCUCUUGUAGUUACAUGUGUUUUCAUUAGUCCUGUCACUGUUUCUAUUCAAAAUGCAAUGUCAGCAAACCGAAAUGCUACCUUUUCCCUCUGAAUAACAGAGUCCUCUGUACACUGCUGUCGCUGUCACUGUGCGCACUCGCUGGGUCCGGGGGAGGCGUCUGAAGUCCUUCACUUUUAAGUUAUUUUAUGAUACUACUGUUUUCUCUAGUGUUGAGGGUUUUUUAUUAUUUUUUUAAUCUUUUGAGGGGAAGAUUAAUAUAAGUGUUCAUUUAAUGCAAGGAAGCUCAGCCCUUGGACCUGUAGCCGUGUAAUUAAUUCUGUGUGAGCAUUCAGAGUACGGCAUGGUUGACAAAUGCCUAGUUCUUCACUAAAAGUAAACCCACCUCUGCGUGUGGCAAAACUGAAUCUGAAGCCUAUGAAAGACCAACUGACUUUUUAGUCAAAGUGAGCCCUACCUUAUUUUGCACGGUUGACACACCUGUGUGUACUGUGGGGGCCAGGACUUGGCAGAGGAGGCGUUCUAGGUGUGCGUGGAAAUGGUGGUCUGCUUUUUCUGUGGGUUCCACAUGCAAAAACAAGAAUAUUUCUGAAUGGUGGUUUUACAGAAACCAUUAUUUAUACAGUUUGUAUAAGAAACUUAAUACAAUUUUAAUCAGAAUUAAGUUAGCGUGGGAAACGCUUUGAGACUCUAUGUCUCUGGAGGGCCUUGGAAGCCACGUGGCUGCAUCGUGCGAACCGUGUGUCUUCUGCUUUGACUGCGGAGUAGCCGUUUGUGUCUUAAAUGGAAUUCCACUAUUUUUAAGAAAUUCAGGGAUGAUUUGGUCACACUAAAGAUACAGUAUUUUUGUAGUAUUUUUACACUAUUCUAAAUGAUAGACUGCAGAAAGCAUUUUUGUCAGGUGAGGGCAAGCCAGUCGACUACAUAGACCAUUUGACUCUGUGAACGUUAGACCCACUGGGUUCCGAUUUACGAAGCGGCACAGAAUCUACCUUUGCACUGAAGCAUUUCGUAUCUCCUCUGCCGUAGUCACAGUGGCCACAGUACAGAAAAUUCUUUCAAACCUCAGAAUAUAGUAGAAAUAAUUAAGCUGUUGAAUGAGUCUUAAAAAUCAUACUACUGUUAAGUGGACCAAGUUUGGCGAAGCAGAACGUGACAGUGUUGAUUAAGGAAGGAACAACUCAAGGACAUUGGGGACGAGAACUUUUCCACUUGAGAACUACUUUAUGUUUUACUGUAAUUUUAAAGAUUUUUUUGUUCUGUUUGUUAUUUUGCAAAAGAAAAUAGUAUUUACAGGUGGCUUCUUUUAAAAUAUAUAAAGCAGGAAUGUAUAUGAAAUGUCAGAUUUUAUUGUAUUUGCAGAGAAUUAGCUUUGAAGUUGAAUAAAGAAAGCUGUAGUUUUAAAAUGCCUUAUUGGUAUCAAUUAGAAAUUUCUUCUAUUUUUUGAUGUACUUAGAGCUUUUGAGUAUAGAGUUUUAAAUGGCAGGAUUUCACAGUGUUUACAUGCAAGUGCAUUUUAUAAGUGUUCUAUAUGUGUAAAAUAGUAUUUCCAACUGGAAAGCGUGGGCCAGCGCACAAAGGGCCUGGCCCUUUCUGGUCCCACGACAUUGCCUACACCGCUAGCCUGCAGGUUAGUGUCGCUCUGUGUCCUGAGGCCAGAGACCCCGUGUCGUUUGUAAAUAGAACAAUUGAAAAAGCAAUAAACAUUUAUUGAACAAAAGAAA